AUGCGACAGAUUCAUACUCGGUUACGUGUUGAUCAUCAUUUGAUGCAUUCAGCUCGAAUGCAAUACGGUCUCUUCUUGAAAGCCAUCGGAAUGACUCUCGAGGAUGCGUUGGCGUUCUUCCGUGCUGAAUUCACCAAGAAAGUCGACAGCGAUAAGUUCGACAAGCAGUAUGCCUAUAAUAUUCGACAUAAUUACGGCAAAGAGGGCAGUCGUCGUGACUAUAAAGCUUAUUCGUGUGCUAAAAUUAUACUCGGUGAUGCGCCGACCGGCCAACAAUGUCACGGUUAG